AGGCUCGUCUGCCCACGCUUUGCUGACCGCGGAGCAAAGUGCGAGCGACAAAAGGGCGGAGUCUCCGACCUCCUCGUUUUCCUUUCUUCUGCCCUCUCGUUCCAAAUCCAUUACCAGAUCUGAAUACGAAGGAAGCAGCACAGGAGGAGAAUUGAAGCUAGUCGAAGAAGAUAACGAAUGGCGAGCGACAGCGAUCUCGACGAGGACGAGCUCCUCCAGAUGGCGCUCAAGGAGCAGGCGGAGAGGGAUGUCAACUACAAGAGGCCGUCGGCGAAAAAUUCUAAGCCCGUCGUCAACCUCAUCCGGCCUCCGCCUCCGCCGCCUUUCAUGGAUCAGAGCCAGCCUCAGGGGAACCCUAAUUCGAAUUCCAAUCCCCGUGGCAAGCAGCCCCGGCCGCAACAGCAGCAGCAGCAGCAGAGGCGGAAUCCCAGUCGUGGAGGGGAUGACGACGACGGAUCGGAGGUCGAGAUGCUGAGCAUCUCCUCUGGAGAUGAGGACUCGUCUAAAGACCGUGUUCCACCGCAGAGGGGGCGUGGCGGCAACGAUCGCCGAGCGCCCAGGGAUGAUGGCGAUACCGGGCAGGACGACGAUGAGCCCAGAAGCUGGAAAAGGGUAGAUGAGGCUGAGCUUUCUCGUAGAGUUCGAGAGAUGCGUGAAACAAGGGCUGCACCAAGUGCACAAGAACAAAAACCAAAUGCAAUUGCUCGCAAGGGGCUUGCACACUUGCAAUCUUUACCUCGGGGUGUGGAAGUUUUGGAUCCACUUGGGCUUGGGAAGCCCUCUUCUACUGAUCUGAAGGGAAAAAACUUAUUGAUUGAGGAAGAUGUGAUGGAAGAUACAAUAGCAAUGGAUGAUCCGAUGUAUGAAGCAUCUAAGGAAGUGAUUUAUGGCGAUGGUCAUGAGACUCUGGUCAUUCGUAAGAGUCUGCUGACUCCCAAGGGUGAUUCAGGAGACGAUUGGUUGAAAACCAAUAUUUUUCAUACUACCUGCACCAUCGUGGAUAAAGUCUGCAAGAUGAUUAUCGACAGUGAUAGUUGUGAGAACUGA